UCUGCUUUUCCCUCGUGCCACACCGGAAUAUAUCUGCAGGUUCUCGCGGAUGUGAACGGAUGGAAGUGACGGUAGACGGACGUUUAUUGUGGAUUCCUGCGUUUCUUUUGUGUCUUCUGGGAUGUCAAAUAUGUCACUUUUUCUUUCCUUCUACGGAUUUCUGAAGACCCGUUUUAUUGUACCUGACAACGCACAUACGGACGGCACGGCACGGCACGGCACGGCACGCACGCGGAUUCAACCUGUUUUGCAGCUCAUCCGGAUGUUUUGGACUUUAAUUCUUUUUUAAAGGAGUGAAAGCAACGCACAGAAACCGGAUCGCUUAGAGGAGAAUCACAUUUUCCCUCGAGAUUGAAGGACGUAAGGAAGUAAGGAAGGAAGGAAGGAAGGAAGGAAGGAAGGAAGGAAGGAAGGAACGAAGGAAGGAACCCCGUCUUCCUCGUCUUGUUUUCCAGACUUUUUCCAGUUCCAGUUUCUUUUCGACAUCAUGUAAGAUCACCUUAUUUUCCUCGAAGACGGAGCGGAUAACUUUAACUCAAAGAGACCAUAAAUAUCUACAGAAACCAAAAAGAUUUUAAGGAUCCACUGUUUGAGGCAACCUGGGGAUCCUUAAGGGUCCUCAAAAAAACUUUUGGAUCCUGAAAGCAACACUGCAAAUGGCUUAAUAAUGUAAAAAAAAAAAAACCUGGAUGAGAUUGGAUUAGGGCCCAAAGGAACCCCAGAAGAACCUUUUGGAAGCUCUGACAACAUCUGAUGCAAUCUAGGGACGGCUUGAAGACCUUGAAAAUCGUAAGAGUUAAGUACUUUGAGGAAAAUCCUGGAAAUCUGAAGGACACCAGUGACUCUUAGUUACCCGAAGACUCUUAUGGAUCUCUUUUAAAGUAUCUUAGACAGACUUUUAAGACCUUGAGGAAAAUAGGGGGUCGCCUUGGGACCUUUAGUUACCCAGAAAGUACCUGAAGUAUCUUUUUUACAAAUCCUGAAAAUCAUCAAGACUCUGAAGACAUCUGAGGAAAUCUGGGGACAGCUAAAGACCUUGAAGAUCCCAAGAAUUAGGAAUUAGGUCGCCUAAGGACCUUGAGUCACAAGCAUAAAGUGAAGUACCUUUUACAAAUCCUGGAAAUCAUCAAGACUCUGAAGAUAUCUGAGGAAAUCUGGGGACAGCUAAAGACCUUGAAGAUCCCACGAAUUAGGAAUUAGGUCACCUAAGGACCUUGAGGCACCCAACAUAAAGUGAAGUACCUUUUACAAAUCCUGGAAAUCACUAAGGAUUUCGGAAGGAUAUUUGGGCAUGGCUAACCUUGACGAUCCUAAGAGUUAAGUACAUUUGAGGAACCUUAUAGGUACCUUCGUGAUCCAAAGGGAAUCUGGGGACCACAGAGGAACCCUGGACACUUGAGAAGAAGUCUUUGGAGACUCCUGACAUCCGGAGGAAACCAGGAACUCUACGGUACCCUAAGAUCUUCUUUAAGGAAUCCUAGAGGGACUUGGCCUUGGGACCUUUAUUUACCCAGAAAGAAACUAAAUUACAUUUUUACAAAUCCUGGAAAUCAUCAAGACUCUGACAACAUCUGAUGCAAUCUAGGGACGGCUUGAAGAUCUUGAAGAUCCUAAGAGUUAAGUAAUUUGAGGAAACUCUUCCGGGGACUCCUGGCAAUCUGAAGGACACAGGAACUCUUAGUUACCUGAAGACUCUUAUGGAUCUCUUUUGAAGUAUCUUAGAGAGACUUUUAAGACCCUGAGGAAAAUAGGGGGUCGCCGUGGGACCUUUAGUUACCCAGAAAGAAACUAAAGUACCCCCUAGAGAGCCAAUGGGUACCCUCCGAGACCUGCAGUACGCCCUGCAGGAAAAGAUCGAGGAGUUGCGGCAGCGCGACACGCUGAUAGACGAGCUGGAACUGGAGCUGGAUCAGAAGGACGAGCUGAUCCAGCGUCUGCAGAAUGAGCUGGAUAAGUACCGGUCCGUGCUGCGGCCCGCCACUGCCCAGCAGCAAGGCAUCAUCCUGCAGCCGGACCAGCACCGCAGCAAGCGGCACGCCAUCUCCGCCGAGCCCACGGCCUGCGACAUCACCGACCUCAGCCACGUCACGCUGGCCUUCCACCCAAAGAGCCCGCAGUCAAAGGAGCUGAUCAAGGCGGCCAUCUUGGACAACGACUUCAUGAAGAACCUGGAGCUGUCUCAGAUCCAGGAGGUGGUGGACUGCAUGUACCCGGUGCAUUAUGGGAUGGACGCCUGCAUCAUCGCCGAGGGCGACGUGGGCUCGCUGGUCUACGUCAUGGAAG